CUUUCUGUUUCUUCCCUGGCUGCUCUCAAGACAUUGCUCUCAUCCGAAAAAGCUUUUCCUAAAGCUUCCAGAGUCUACGGCUGCUUCAGUGACUGUCUCUCUCUCUGUCUGUAUGUCUAGCUCUCUCUUUGAAAACUUUGUCUUUCUUUUUUCCUGAGUUUUCUUACUUUUAAAACCACACUUCAUCCUGUCAUUUCUCACAUUCCAGUCUCAGUCUUUUUUUAAUUUUUUUAUUAUUUUCUUCUGUCUUUAAUCGGAGUACCUCUCUCUUAGCUGAUACAGAUUCUUAGCAUACAAAGCUGUAUAUCUAUACUGGCACUUAUUCAUACAUCAGAAGAUGCUGGCAGAUACUAAGAGCAGACAUACAUACAGAUACAUACAGAUAUUGAGGUAAAAAGAUACUGGAACAUCUGCACAGAAAUUAGACACAAAUACACAUCCAUUACAUUGCCUGUCUGAGUAAGGGGGCACGCCAUGCACAAAUAAACGUAUAGAUACACUGGCACAAUCACACACACAAAGUGUCACAUACUUUAUGAAAAGAACAACACACACAUACUAAAGUCAUUGGCCUGAUAAAUGUACCACACCACAAGUAAACCUGAGUGACAACAGGCAAUGAGAACCAGUGAUAUUAUAUUGAAACACAUACAUGUGAGUUUGUCUGCUAUCUGAGUAUGACUCCUACACGCUGUUCUCCUGCUCUCUGCCUUUUGUUCCUCUGGUUGGGGACAUUUUUCUGUCACUUUUCCCCUUCGGUGACACGUGAGCGCUUCAAGGUGGUAUUUGCCCCUGUGGUAUGUAAAAGGACUUGUCACAAAGGCUAUUGUCAUGAUGUCUGCAAACCAGGGAGCAACAUGACGCUGAUAGCGGAGAAUGGAGGUUCCACAGACACACUCACAGGGUCUGGAUUUAGAGUGGUGGUCUGCCCAUUACCUUGUAUGAAUGGUGGCCAGUGCUCUACCAACAAUCAUUGCCAGUGCCCCCCAGAAUUCACAGGGAGAUUUUGCCAGUUUCCUGCUGUACCUGGCGGGAGUAGAGUACGAGGUGCCAUUGAGGCGAGUGAAGGAGAGGGAAUAGAGCCAUCAUCAGGGAAGCAUGCAGUCUAUGCUGUGCAGGUGAUUACUGGAGAAGAUGAUCCAGAAGGGAGAGGUGUGAAAAUCAGUCAGUCAGCACUCACGGUGCCGCUGGGACCAGGACACAGCUCUUCAGAAGUCCAGGUCCUUCCACCUCUUCUAAAUGUCAGGGUUCACCACCCACCUAAUGCAUCUAUCCAAGUUCAUCGUAUUGAUGGCCUUGGAGCUGAAGGAACAGGGGCUGGAGGACAACAUUUAAUUGCUCAUCCUGAAGGAAACAAGGCAGCAUCAUCCCGUCCUUUUACCUACAAACCUCUAGGACGAUGUUUUCAAGACACUCUGCCCAAGCAAGCUUGUGGCAGUAACCCUCUACCUGGAUUAACCAAGGAAGAGGAUUGUUGCGGCAGUGUGGGAACAGCAUGGGGACAGCACAAAUGUAAUAAGUGUCCACAGUUACCAUAUUCUAGCAUGCAGAAGACUGCACCUUUCCGAGGCGAACUUGGUUCAGAUUGCCCGCAAGGGUAUAAAAGACUUAACAGCACUCACUGCCAGGAUAUAAAUGAGUGCAGCAUGCAAGGCGUUUGUCAAAACGGAGAGUGCCUGAACACACAAGGCAGCUUCAGAUGCGCAUGUAAACACGGUUAUGUAUUCAUCGCUUCUCAGAUGCGUUGCGCACAGGACAAGUCUGAAGUGAAAAGUCAGUGCUACAGGCUGGUAGGCUCAGAAGGACAUUGUCAGCACCUUAUUUCUAAUUGGAUGACGCAACAACUGUGCUGCUGUAGUGUGGGCAAAGCCUGGGGUCCUCAGUGUGAGCCAUGCCCUGCUGAAGGCACAGCCUCUUUUGCUGAGAUCUGCCCUGCUGGGAAAGGUUACCACAUAUUUAGUACACAUCAAAUUGUCAGAAUCCAGGGUCCAGAUAUCACUCUGCAUUUGCAGCCAGACCUUGGGGACCAGCAGGCAAUUCCCCCGAUGACUCCAGAUGUGGCUCCACCUCCAAUCAUACGGGAACUGACUCCAAUACACAUAUCGGAACUUGAUUCUAAUGAAGGACAACGUGAAGUAACUGCAGCUAUGCUUCCAGCAUAUAGCCCAAACUCUGAAGAGGAAACCGUGGACUUUCCGUCUCCCUUUCCACCAAGGCCAGCCCUUGCUUUGGAGCCCACUACGAUGGCUGUCCGAAAAGAGCCUGCUGAGUAUGAUGACCGGAGCGCAGUUGAAAUGGCUCCCUUACAAUCAACGGAAACUGACCAUUGCAAGAUAAUGAGGAAUCUCUGUGGUUAUGGAGAGUGUAUAUCAACCCCUACAGGGUUCUACUGUAGUUGUAAUCCUGGUUACAACCUAGAUCCUGAGAAGAAGGUCUGUGUAGAUAUUGAUGAAUGUAAGAAUAACCCCUGUGGUCACGGAAAGGGAUUGUGCCGGAACACCGCUGGCUCAUUUAACUGUCAUUGUCUUCAUGGGUUCAGACUAAAUGUAUCACUCGGGCAGAUAUCUUGUGUGGAUGUUGAUGAAUGUUUGCGCUCAGGAAUGUGCGGAGACCCUGGCAGUUGUGUCAAUAUUCCAGGAUACUUCAAAUGUGAAUGUAAAACUGGAUACAAACUGAAGAAUAGACCACCAUUAUGUGAAGAUAUCAAUGAGUGUCUAUCACCACAGACAUGUAUAGGAGGGCAGUGCAUAAACACGCUAGGUUCUUUUCGUUGUGUGUGUCCUCAAGGUUACAAACUACACAACCAACACAAAUGUGAAGAUAUAGAUGAAUGUUCUCUCUUUCCGCAAAUCUGUUCCCCUCAUGGCAAGUGCGAGAAUCUGGAUGGCUCAUACAUGUGCAUCUGUGACAGUGGCUAUACGUCUAGUGAGGACCAUAAGAAAUGUGAGAAGGUCUCUCAAGGUUUGGAACUCAGAGAUUGCUUCCUAAGUCUGGACGACACCCUGUUCUGUGACAGUGUUCUCGCAGUGAACGUAACACGAGAGCAGUGCUGUUGUUCAUUAGGAGCCGGAUGGGGUGACCAUUGUGAGAUCUACCCAUGUCCUGUGCACAGCUCAGGGGAGUUCCUCUCACUCUGUCCUGAUGGGGUUGGAUUCAUCCUUGACCUUAACAUUAUGAGCUAUGGAAUUCCCACAUAUCGAGAUAUUGAUGAGUGUGAGCUCUUUGGACAAGAGAUCUGCAAAGAAGGAAAGUGCGUGAAUACCCAGCCCAGCUAUGAAUGUUACUGCAAACAUGGAUACUAUUACGAUAACCGAUUACUACAGUGCAUGGAUGUGGACGAAUGCGUAGAUGAGUCAAAUUGCAUUAAUGGUCAGUGUAUCAACACUCGAGGCUCUUUCUACUGCCGAUGCCCACUUCAUACGCAAUACCAUGCCGAACAUAAGCGCUGCAUGACUAAUGCUGAGCUGGAUGUGGAUGAAUGUCAGGAUCGGGGAUUAUGUCGUAAUGGGCGCUGUGUAAAUACACCUGGCUCUUUUCACUGCGAGUGUACAGCUCCAUGGACCUUGGACCCCCUGGGGAGGCACUGUAAUCCUCCUGACACACAAGCAGAUCGCACUGACGCACUGGAUAUCUGCUGGAGGAUGCGUGGUACAGAUGGAAUUUGCGCUCAUCCAAUGCAUGGCCCCCAGUUGUCACUGACUGAAUGUUGCUGUAGACAAGGCCACGGUUGGGGUCUGAGGUGCCUCUCCUGUCCACCUAGGCAUGCUCUGGCGUGCUCGGUCUCUCACAGUGGGGCUAAUUCAUUCUGGGAGUCCAGCGCUCACAAUCUAAAGAAGUCCAGAGGAGAUGUGGACAGCUCAGAGGAGGUGUCUGAGGAGUGCCCAUGUGUGAAUGGUCGCUGCGUGAAAGGUCCUCAUGGAGUCACAUGUGAGUGCCAAGGAGGUUUCCAGCUGGACAUCACUCGGACCCGCUGCAAUGAUCUGGACGAGUGCAGACAGAAAAAUCCAAGAGGACCACUCUGCAAAAAUAGCCGUUGUAUAAACACGGUGGGAUCAUUCCGGUGUGUGUGUAAAUCGGGGUACACGCGAUCUCGUCACCCCCACAUCUGCAACCCACAGAGAAAAAGAUAGUUUGUUCCCCACAGAGCAACAACCCCCCCAGAAUGCAGCUAAUCGAACUGAAGUGCCUCAAGGAAACCAAGUUCUAUAAAUCUUUGAGUAAAGAGUGAGACAUAUAUAAGAUGUGUGGUAACCAAGGUAUUUGUAAGAUAAAGAAGCAUUAAGAAAUAUUUUUGUACAGUACAGUACACUUUUGUGGUAGCAUUCAGUUUAUCUCAUACUUAUAUUAUCUAUAUAUUUAUAAAAAGGGUAGUUGACUGCACCCUUCAUGUACAGACAGGGGGCAAUUCAGAGCAGAACAGAUCCGCGUGUCUGUACUGCAUUCGCCUGGUCUGCCCACGUGCGCCUGCUUGACUAUACACCUUGCGGCCGCAUCUUUAUAGAAUGUGGCCGCAAGCUGAUUGACAGCAGCAAGCAUUCGGGGGGCAGCGACAUGGCGUUUUUUGUGCGUGGCAGGCCAAACAGGUGCGUGCGGGGAGCAUUUUCAGGGCGGCUGCAUGACGUCACACACAGCCGCUCCUAUAAAAAAAAUGGCAGCGGACCGCCUGACAGCGCAGCCUGGCUGCGCAGGCACGGUACAACAUUAAAUCGAUACAUCUGCAAUUAAAUUCAGCUGGUGAGGAGAUGGAGGCAGAUCUUGCCGCGAAUGCAGUGAUCUGCGUCUGUCUCUGAAUAACCCCCAUAAUGCUUUAUAGGUAUAUUCAAGGCAAUUUGUUUCAGCAACAAAGGACCACUAUGUAUGCGUGUGUCUAUGUAUGUAUAUAUGUAAAUAGCGGUAUGAUUUAUUAUCCAGAAUACCUGGGACUGCAGCAUAUAUUUUCUGUCUGUAAUUUGGUGCUCUGUUCCUAAAAUACUACAAAGUAUAAUUAAAAAUAAACAUGUCUUUUCUCGCA